UCUGCUUUGGUUUUACUUUGAUCAUUUUUCUACUGAGAGGAUGAAACCUUUCAGAAUAUCCUUGAUUAACCUGCUUUGGUUGUAUCUGAUGUUUUCUGAGGAUAACAGUGGAUGCUGCUUAGACACUGUUCGGCAGCCACCAAGAUCGAGCAUCAGUCAUCUGCAGGCAGCCAGUGACAGGCAAAGCCUCAUGGUGAGCUGGCUUAUAAACCAUGAUGGUUUAGAAGGCACCGUUAACGAGAUCCAGAUCAGUCGCACUGAAAACCACACCGUUAUUUACAGUAAAAAUGUCAGCAUACCCUCUGCGGAUUCAGACGAAUAUACAUGGACAUGGACCUCUGAUCUGCCUCUGGAGUGUGCGGAUCACUCAGUCAGGAUACGACGCUUCUACAAUCAGUCUGUCUCGAGUCCCUGGAGCAAAUGGGUAACUAACUACGGAGUUGAGGUGACUGAGACCAAGAUAUUCCCAUUCCAGCGGGUGCUGAGAGAGGGCAGCAGUGCUAUGUUCUGCUGUGUUCCCCCAGUAGGAGUUAAUAUCACCAACAUAACCUUCAUGAACAUGGAAUACCCCCUUAUCAACAUUGGAGCCAGAGUCAAGGCCAUCGUUGUAGACAACCUGACUAUCCCCCCACCAACCAUCAGACCAGCUCUUUUACUCGGUUGCGGUGAUACAACCAACAAGAUGAGUCACAUCUGGAACUAUGUCAGUUUUCCUGCCCAGAAGCCCAGAAACCUCACCUGCGUGACCUCACACAUGACUACUGUCACAUGCACCUGGGAUCCAGGCAGAAAUCGAUACCCAUAUGAUAGCAACAAGCAAACACACACUCUUCACAUAGAGAACUCAGACCAGGCUCCCAUCAACUGCGAGCCAACGUCUUGCACUUUUCCGGCCAUCCCACAGUUGGAGGAAUACAAAAUCAGUGUAAUGGUGAAGGACCAGCUUGGAGAGGAGACAGAGAGCUACAGCUUCAAUAUCUCUGAAAGAGUGUUUCCUGUUGUGGAAUUGUAUAGAGUGAGCCCUGAAGUGACAGACACCACUGUGUCCUGGAUCAUACAAGGGUAUUUGACUCAGAUGAACCUUGUCUGUCAGGUCACCAUAGACCCAGACAACACCACCGAGGUGAACUGUAAAAGUGUGAAUGGUCUCUGCAAAGUCAAACUGGAAAAUCUGCUUCCCAACACAAGCUACUCUACCAGGGUACGCUGCUCUGUCAAUGGCAAAAAAUGGGGAAAAUGGACACAGCCCAAAUCCUUCACAACCUAUCCGUUUGUGACAUUAAACUUAUGGAGGAGAAUAGAGAGGAUGUCCGACCUCCAAAGUCGUCAAGUGACUCUAUUGUGGACACUGCAGGUUCCUGUCUCAGGGGCCACUGUAAACAUCCAAGGUUACACAAUUCAGUGGUCACAGGAAGGCCAAAACAGGACUGAGUGGAAGGGCAGUGGACAGACCCAGGCAGAGGUGUACAUUGGUCCAUCACAGUGUAACUUCACUGUCCAGGCUGUCUUUCACAAAGCCCCAUCCAUCGUUGAUCACAUCACCAUCCCAAAGUUGGACAAUAGAGAGAACCUCCCCAUAGAGAAGCGGUUGAGCAGCAGCAUAGCUGGUGGUUUCAAUCUGUCCUGGGCUGAGCAGGACACUGCCACUUGUGGCUAUACAGUGGAGUGGUGCCUUAUGGGAAACACGGUGCCUUGUACUUUGCAAUGGACAAAGAUGCUAGAGGGAAAAAACACAUUAUUCCUACCUGCUAGUAAUUUCAAAGCGGGUUGCAGGUAUACAUUUAAUAUCUAUGGAUGCACAGCAAAUGAACACAGACUAUUGGAGAUACAGACUGGAUACUCACAAGAGCUUGAAGCUGUACGGCCCCCACGUCUUGUUGAAUCUCCUCAGAGUACUCCCUCAUCUGUGACACUGGAGUGGCAUUAUGAUGAGGAUGAUCCGGCUCACCCUGGAUUCAUCACUGGUUAUCUGGUUACUGUACAAGAAGCUGGAUCUAAUAUGCUGCCAGGUCAUACUGCGAAUAUGUUCAACAUGUCAGUGGCAGACCCCCGGAGGAAGUCUGUUACCAUAGAGGGUCUGAAGCAGAGCCAUGAGUAUGCUUUCUCUGUGAGAGCUCUCACUAAGGUGGGGCCUGGAGAAACAGCCAGUAUCACCAUCAGGACCAGAUACAACUUAGACUCUGCUCACCUGACCAUGAUACUGAUUCCCAUCUUGUUACUGUUGGGUUGCACCAUUCUCCUGUGGCCUCAAAGAAAAAUUCUGAAGAGAGGGCUGAAGGAGAUAUUUGCUUAUCCAGUUGGAAUGAACAUCAAAAUUUCAGAGUUAGACAGCUUCCUGCAUGAGACUGUUGAGAGGGUGCAGCCUCACAAGGUGGAAGAGUGCAUCAGCUGUGACAUUGAGAUCAUAAAUACCCACCCUCCUCUGAAUCAUACAGCCACACUCAGAGAUCCUGGACCCCUGAACACACCGCCCUCUCCUACCUCCCUGUCCUCUUUUUCAUCCUUGUCACCCUUCUGCCUGCCAGUGCAAGACUACCGUCCACAGUUGGUCACGUUGCUCUGCGAGGGACUGGCCCUUCCUCAAAUAACACACAUCACCAACAAGACUUACUUUCACUCCAAGGUGGAGGAUUUUUCUGAGCCCCAAGAAGAAGUCACGUUCAGUGAAAUCAAAUCAAGCUUUGAACCUUCUGACUGUCUGCAGGAAUCAUGCAGUGUUAUAUAUGGUUAUGUCUCCAGUGAUACUUUGUAAGUAUGAAGUCAAAGACCAAAUCAAAAACUUCAAUGUCAUAAAUUUUAUGUCUCCAUUUCAGUAGUCUAAAUACUGUAAAUAGAUGCUUUGCUUAUUGGAUAUAUUGUGAAAAUACAGCUCUCUAAUGUAAGUAUGUUUUCUAUUUCUGCCACAUUUUAACAUACUAUAUGUAUAUGCAAUUUGAUUGAACAAAUGUAGCUUGCUGACUUAUUGGGACAUAUUGUAUGUAAAGCCAAAAACACAGUGCAGGCAAUCUAAAAACUCUGCGUUUUCUCUGCUACAGCAUAGUCCACCAGUGAAACUACAGGUGCUGUUAUAUGUGAAAUUGUACACAACAGUUUAAGAGAAACUCCCUGUAAUGAUUUUGGUAAACUGUGAAGCAACUAGAGAUGUUAAUCUCCAGGAUGCAAAUGGUAAGUACUGAUAAGGCAGCUUAACGUCCUCCUUAAGAAGGAGAACUCAGGAGCGUGACGGAGAGAUGUGUGUUUGCAUAACUUUUUUUUUAAAAAAAUCAACCACAUUGAUGUAAUAGUUAAGAGAAC